AUGAGAUAUCGAACUUCGCCUUCGCCACUCACUUUGUCGGGAACGAAGGUUAGGGUUUGGAGCCACGGUGCGAGCUUGUUAGACAGGAUUUGGGGGCGGUGGAGGCGGCGAAAGGGGAAGAUGAUUAACUUCUUUGUCUAUCAGUACCAUUCGCAGAGGAGGGCGGUGUACGCCGCUCUUCUUUUGAUGCUUCUCCCGGUAUUCUGGCCCGCGCUUUUCUCACCCCUUGGUCAUGCCUCUCCUUCCAUGUUUUCGGAGUGGAAUGCUCCAAAACCAAGACACGCAUCUCUUCUGAAGGCCGCUUUGAUUUCUGAAAUUCCCAAUGAGCGGAAGUCUGAGCUCUGGGCUCCUUUGGCGCCACAGGGUUGGAAACCCUGCAUUCCAUCAGCAAGUAUUACUGGACGCCCUGUGAAGUCAAGUGGAUUCAUCCAAGUGUUUCUUGAUGGAGGGUUAAACCAGCAAAGGAUGGGGAUUUGUGAUGCUGUUGCUGUUGCUAAAAUCUUAAAUGCAACCCUAGUAAUCCCUCAUCUUGAAGUAAAUUCUGUUUGGAAAGAUUCAAGCUCGUUUGAGGAAAUCUAUGAUGUGGAUCACUUCAUUAAUGUGUUGAAGGAUGAAAUCUCUGUAGUAAGAGAGUUGCCUCCAGAAUAUGCAUGGAGCACGCGGGAGUAUUAUGCUGUUGCCAUUAGGACCACAAGGAUCAAAACUGCACCAGUUCAUGCAUCAGCAAACUGGUACCUAGAGAAUGUUCUUCCUGUUCUUCAAAGUUAUGGAAUUGUAGCAAUUGCUCCCUUCUCACACCGCCUUGCUUUUGACAAUUUGGCUGGUGACCUUCAGAGGUUGCGUUGCAAAGUCAACUUUCAGGCAUUAGCAUUUGUUCCUCAUGUCAACACAUUGGGAGAAAUGCUCGUUAAACGCCUCAGAUAUCCAAAACAUGUGCGCUCUGAUGAAUAUAUACAGGAGGUUGUCGACGAAAAUGUUAGUAACGAUGGGAAUGGGAAGUAUGUCACAUUGCAUUUGAGGUUUGACAAGGACAUGGCAGCUCAUUCAGCCUGUGACUUUGGUGGUGGUAAAGCUGAAAGGUUGGCUUUAGCUAAGUACAGACAAGUGAUUUGGCAAGGAAGGGUUAUGAACUCCCAAUUCACAGAUGAAGAACUACGUAACCAGGGUCGCUGCCCAAUGACGCCUGAGGAAAUUGGAUUACUCUUAGCAGCCUUGGGCUUCGACAACAAAACUCGCCUUUAUCUAGCCUCCCAUAAGGUCUACGGUGGGGAGGCCAGAAUCUCAAGCUUGCGCAACCUUUUUCCCUUGAUGGAAGAUAAGAAGAGCAUUGCUUCUUCAGAGGAACUUGCAAGGGUUGAAGGGAAGGCUUCUCUUCUUGCUGCUGUUGAUUACUAUGUCAGCAUGCACAGCGACAUCUUCAUCUCCGCAUCCCCAGGCAAUAUGCACAAUGCCAUGGUUGGCCACCGGACCUAUGAGAACUUGAAGACAAUAAGGCCAAACAUGGCUCUACUAGGUCAGCUUUUCCUGAACAAGAGCUUAGAGUGGUUUGAGUUCCAGAGGGAGGUGCAAGCAGGGCACAAAGGAAGAGAAGGACAGAUUCGGCUGAGGAAGCCUAAGCAGUCCAUUUACACAUAUCCUGCUUCAGAUUGCAUGUGCCAGGGAUGAAAUGUAAAUUUCUAUGGCCUUUUAGUUCCAAACUUCAUAUUUUAGUGUAUUUUGUUGUAUUUUUCAUUUGAUAGUCAUGCCCAUUGUUGCUUUUAUUUGGCUUUUUGAACAUGACCCUAUUUGUUUAUAGUCAUCUUUACUGAAA